GGCAGGCGGCAAUGCUCGCUAGUUAAUCAUUCCGAGUUCGACGUGUAAGUAAACAAGAAGACUAGCUAUCAGCUGGUAGCCAAAAUGGAUAGCUAGCCUAACAGAUGAAGUGUCAUAGUAGCGUUGGCCGUUGGUAAUGGAUUGUGUGUGAUUUAGGGAAACUGUGGUAUGCGCUGAAUUCUAUAUAAUGUCAGUGUAGUAAAGUGAUAUUUCUUAAGGAGACUGUUCAAUAACAGUAGGCUAAAGGCUACUACCAAAUCAGAGCAAGCGCAAUUUCGAGUUUGUCAAGGCCAGCCUGCCAAGUGGUACUUGGCUCCCUUACGUUCAGGGCUUAUCCUGGCUUGCCCUCGGACGGAUAUCCUCGGGAACGAAAUUACCAUCUUAGGAUAGUGCCACGUUUAUUCUUAGAAGAUGGAGCUUUUUAGAUCCGUCACGCAGACGGUGCUGGGGACUCCACAACCAGAUCAACAGCCGUCUGGCGCUGACACGGUUGAGCGUUUGAUAGAUCGUGUUCAGUCAUCUACUCUGUUGGAAGACAGACGUGAUGGAUGUCGAGCACUGAAGGCUAUGUCUCGCAAGUAUAGAGUUUUAGUGGGUGCCCAUGGAAUGGAUACACUAUUACAGGUGUUGGAAGCAGACAGAAGUGACCAUGAGAUUGUUAACUAUGCCCUUGAAACCUUAGUUAAUGUCACAGCCCCAGAAAUUUUCCCAGAAGAAUGUGAUGGUGAUUAUGUACCUGACAGUCAAGUAUCAGAACUGGGGGGCCAGUUUACUGAGAUAUUCACAAAACGCCAGGAAAACAUUUCCCUUCUCAUUAAUCUCUUAGAUGAAUUCGACUUUAAAGUUCGCUAUCCAACAAUUAAGCUGAUGACUAAUUUGUUGAAAAAUAGGCCGAAAGAGCUUCAGCAAGUAAUUUUAGUAAUACCCAGUGGAGUGUCUAAGCUAAUGGACCAGCUCUCUGACAGCCGAGAAGUCAUAAGAAAUGAUACAUUAUUGCUGCUGACACAGCUCACAAAAAGCAAUACCAACCUCCAGAAAAUUGUUGCAUUUGAAAAUGCAUAUGACCAUAUGUUUGAGAUCAUUCGAGAAGAAGGUUUCGCAGAUGGAGGUGUUGUUGUAGAGGACUGUUUGAUCCUGAUGCUCAACUUGUUGCGUAACAACCCAUCUAAUCAAACAUUCUUCAAAGAGGGAAGUUACAUCCAGCGUUUAACUUCAUUCUUCACGCAUCCUCUUGAUUCAAAGGAGGGUUGGUCAGCUCAAAAAGUCACUAAUAUUCAUUACAUGUUACAGCUUGUUCAAACACUGGUUGCUCCACAGAAUUCAGCACAAGUUGUCACUUCAUGUCAGAAAGUGAUGAACAAUUGUGGCCUUUUACAGGCCCUAACAUCAUUACUUAUGGCAUCAGGAGUUCCAGUAGAUAUAUUAACAGACACUAUAGUUACUGUAUCAGACAUGAUUAGGGGUUGUCAUCCAAACCAAGAAUUUUUUGCAAAUAUGAUGGCUCCUUCAACUCCACCCAGGCCUGCCAUUGUGGUUUUGCUGAUGUCAAUGGUAAAUGAGAAACAACCAUUUGUGCUUCGCUGUGCUGUCUUAUAUUGUUUCCAGUGCUUUCUGUAUCGUAAUCAGAACGGUCAGAGCCAGAUUAUCCAGACACUUUUACCUCAAACAGCUGAUGUUGUGCCUGGAACUAAACCUUUUCCUAAUUCGGUAACAGCAGGACAGCUUCUUUGCAGUGGUUUAUUUUCUCCUGAUCCUGUGUCCAAUUGGUUUGCUGCAGUUGCUUUAAGCCAUUCAUUAGUAGAAAAUGUUACCCAGAAGGAACAUAUGUUGCGUGUGCAGUUAGCAACAAGUGUAGGAAGCCCUCCUGUUUCUCUCAUGCAGCAGUGUACAUCAAUAUUGCAAGCUGGAACAAAAAUCCUCACUCGUUUAGGCAUCCUUAUGCUGUUAUCAACAUGGCUAGCUCACUGUCCUCUAGCUGUGCAGACUCUACUCAAUAUUCCUACAGCUGUACCAUAUCUCACAGCACAAGUGAGUGCCAAUGAACAUGAUGAAUUGGAGAGAGUGAGUCAGGGUUUAUGUGCAUUUAUACUGGGAUUAUGUGCUCAGUUUAAUGAUGGAAGCUGUGCCAACUUUUCACAAGAAAGUCUAAGGCAACUUGUAUCUGAUAGAAUUGGAGCUGAAAAUUUUGGAGAUAAGUUGAGUGGAAUAUCAAGAAUAGAAGCAUACUCAAAGGCAGCCAAAUCACCACAACUGUCAGCUAAACAACCAUCAGAUCUAGUGUUUGAUCAUGAAUUUUGCCGUCUCUUCAAGACUUUGGAAAGUUCUUCUUUAAGAGCUGUUACACCUCAGUUAAUGAAUGGCACAAGUAGCGAGGUGAGUCCUGCUGAAGUGAUUAAAUACAAAGAUAUAAUUCGGGACCAAGAUUUAGAAAUCUGCCAAUUGAAGGAAACUGUCAACCAGAUUCAGAGCCAGUUGAAUGAACACACAACAGAUAAAGAACGAUUAAAAGCUCAAAUUCAACAAUUGCAUGAUGAAAAUACAGUGUUGAAAGCCCAGCAAGACAUAUCUGCUGUUGGGACAGAUGCUGUUACUUCAACGACAUCAGAAUCUACUGGAAAUUCCACUGAAAAUCAACAGUUAACUCAACAACUGAACCAGCUUCAGCAACAGUUAGCUGAAAUGACCCAUGCAAGAGAUUAUUAUUAUUAUGAAAUGGCAAAGAAAGAUGCGGAACUCUCAGCACUGCAACAGUCAAAUCAGCUGUCAGAUCAUCAGCAGUCACAGCAACAGGAGGUGCAACAGACUACUCCACAGAAUGUGGAAGCUACAAAUAAUAACUCUGAGACGGGCACUAACGAAGUUCAAAAUUUGUGUAAACAGUUAGAGGACUUGCAGCUUGUCCUUUAUAACAAAGAUUGGGAAAUCCAGCAGUUAAAAGAGAACAUGAAGAACAACUCUAAUUAUCCCCAAGAAAAUUCUUCAGCUGAAGAAACAGGCUCUAAAGUCUUGUCCCUGGAGAAAGAACUGGAUCAGUUAAAAGAACUGAACAGUAAAUUGAGGGAUGAAAACAUCUCGAUAGAUGGCCAACUUCAAGACUCCCUUUCUCAAAAUAAAGAACUUCAGAAGCAGCUCAGUGCAGUAACAUCAUCAGAGAGUACUGUAUCAGCUUCAUCAGAUGCUAAAAGAUGUAGAGAUCUAGAGGAUGAGCUUGAAAAUCUUAAGAAAGAGCAAGAGGACCUCUUGGUAUUGGUAACUGAUCAAGACAGCAAAAUGUCUGACUACAGACAUAGACUGAGAAGGUAUGGAGAAGAUGUUACAGAUGAUGAGGAUGAUGAUGAUGAAGAUGCAAUGUAUGGUUCACUCACUGGCUCUUACGAUGACUAUGACGAUGACGACGAAGACCUUCAGUGACACAUGGUUUUCUCCUCAUAGAGGAGCUGCAAUUUCCCAGUAAGAUUAUGGGAAAAACUGAGGAAUUUCAUAUCUAGGAAACUAACCAGAUCAACCAUAUCAAACACAGAAGAAAUUUCUCACAUUUGAUUGUAAAGCAGAUCUAAUGAAAGUUAUUCAUAUACAUAUAUACUUCAUUAAAAAAAUAAAAAAUUGAUUUAUUACAUGAGUAAUAGUCGUGUUAUAUGAAAUUCUCCCCAAUUAAAGGUGACACAAAGAUUUUAACCAUUCAUUAAUAUUCAUGUCAUUCUAACACAUUACUGUAUCAGGUUAAUUAAAACAGGUAAAUUGAAGAAGUGUAAACAUUUCAACCAGUCAGUGAAAUUUUAAUUACUGGGACUUUACUACUGUACAGCAAAAUUUAGUGCAAAAGUGGGUACUCUAUUAAUGUGCGCAGCAGUUAGAGCUGCUUAAUUAAUUUUUUGGAAAUUGCGUAUAAAAUAUGCACUUUAAGGUGACUGAUUUCAUCCAUGUUUUCUAAACCUCAUGAGUAAUACAUAGAUAAUUGACAAGAGCAUAGGGAUUUACAAUGGAGUACCUCUUAUAAGGAGACUAUUCGACAUAGAAUUUAAAGAGAGAACAUAGAUGCACUCCUGUUAAUUUAUUGAAUUAUUGUAGUUACUUAGUAGUGUGUAACCUGUAAGUUUGACUCAUGUCAGCUGUUGGCUAUCACUCAUAAAUUAAUAUGCUGGGUAUGCAAUUCAAAGUUAUCAGAUUUAUUGCAUUACCACAUGUUCUUCUAAUUUCUUACUUGUUACUCUUUACAAAUAAUCCAUAGCUUUGAGCCACAUUACCAUACUGGUGUGAUUUAUUGGGCAUCAUGGGAUAAAAACUACAAGUAUGCUUUCUAAUGUUUUUAAAACUAUUUUCUGUUGAUCUCAUCAGUCAGAUGCCUCUCAUUCAUAUUCAGCACAUUUUAUCAGGCAACUUUGAUCUUGCUUACUGAAUCAAGGGGAAUGGAGCUUAAUAAGUAUGAUCAGUAUCCUUUUAGCUCCAUGUCAUAUCUUUGGCAUUUUGUGUUUUAUAGUCAAGUCUCUACAGAUUUUGAGAGGAAAACUAGUGGUUAUUAAGAAAAAGGGCUAUAAUUUUUAUCACAUUUAACCAUUUUAGAAUUGAAGGUGAAAUGAAUUUGAAGUAAUAAGAAGGAAAGGUAAUUGCAGUUCAGUCAUUAAUCAAAAUCAUAUAGCUUAUUGACGAUGCAACGUACCAUUAGUAGUACUGUAUUUUAGCAUGGAUUACUGUUGCUAAUACAGAAGGUGGCAGGUACAUAACAUUUCAUUACAUAUAUUAUUCUGAUGAAAAGAAAAUUUGUAUAUAAGCGAUGUAUUCAUAUAUAUAAAAUUCUUACCAUAAAAUAGGAAAUGGUAGUUUCAUUUUUAAGAAAACAGCAAAUUCUGGCCUUUAAUUUUCAAAUCAAAGGGUAUGUAUUUGAUUUGAAUACGUACAGUAAUGUCAAGUUGAAGAAUUGAUUCAAAUGGCAUCCAUCUUUCCCUUAGUGAACUGAUAUCAGAUGGAACCAGUGAAUAUGCUUAAUUAUAGUUUCUAAGAAAAUGUUUAAUGCCAUAUUGCUAACAUCAUUUAGAAACAUUGCAAGUGGACAUUUUUAAGAAUUAUGGUCUUGUGCUGUAAACAGGAAACUGAGGUGUUAAAGGAUCUUAGCUUACAAACUAGUAAAGAAUCAUACAAGAAUGCGACAGCAGUCUAAAAAAUAUUUUGAUAUCACUUUGAGGUGAUGUUGAAAUAGGUCUGUCCACAAUGGAAUGAAGUACAUUCUACAUGUGUGAUAGAUGGUAAAGUGAUUUAUGUAUUCCCAUAUAUUUUUCUUUAUAAAACUUAAGGUAGUAGAACAAAAUUAUAUUAAAUAAAAAUAUAGGAUGAGAUUUCCAUUAUGAGCCAUCGCACAUAUAUUUUUUGAGGCUUUUCCAAUGGAAUUGCUACAUUGUGUUCUCAAAACUAAUAGACAUAAGAAAAGAUUAAUUUCGCUGAUAAAUAAUCCUUACAUAUUACAUUGCUCUAACUGACUUUUGUUAAAUUAUAAGAACUAGGAAUAUUCAUGGUUAGAUUUGUAAUCUCAUCCAGGAAUAAUUUUCAUUAUAUAGGUAAUGGGAAUGAUGAUCUUUUGAUUGUUCAGUAAGAUUUAUUUUCAUGAUGUUGUACUAGUGUUUUUGUCAGUAUUCCUAGGAGUGGCUUUGGUUGAAACAUCUUUAUAAGUGAAAAAUGCUUAUCUUGUGUAGGACUCUCAUUUUAGAAUCAGUAUUGAUUAAAAGAUGACUAUUUGCAUUUAUUGAAUUGUUAUUGUAAUGUUUAUAUAAUGAUAUUGUAUUGCAUAUUUGUAUUCUCUAGUAGUAGGAAGGCGAAUACUUUAAUGCAAAAUGACAUUGAGAGAAGGUUGUUUUAUGAUUUUUGAACCUUAAAGGUCAUAUGUUUUUAGCAUGACAUCUUUUCAUCCAUUGGCCAUUUACAUCAGAGGUCCGAGCAGUGCACUGCAGCAUAUGACCUUUGCAAAGCUCCUAUAUGUUAUCCUAAAUUUUAAUCCUUUGGGAUUAUUCAUAGAUUUUUAUAUGGUUGUAGUUGUGGCUUAUUAAAUUUUUUUUUUUGAAAGUUUUUGAAAGCUAGCACUAAUGGGUCAUACUACAUAAUCAGUUCAUUUACAGUAGUGAGCAUGAGAACAGUAGAUGCAGAUGAAGUUACAUUCUUUUAUGAAUUUUAAGCUCUGUAAAGUUUUUAUUUUAAUUAUGGUCACAUAUAUAGCAUGCCAUCUAAUCAUCUGUGGCCAUAAAAGUUUUGAAUUACUUCUUGUAGCCAUAAUGACAAGCAUUAAUUAAUAUCCUAUAAAAUGUUUUUAACAGAACAUUACCAUAGAUUUUAGGCAGGUUACAUGUUUCAGUUUUAUCAUGCUUUUUUUAUAAUCAAGGAUUAGCUUAACAUUUAUUUCAAUUUCCAUCCUUGUUGAUGAGUAUUAGUGUCUUUUUUUAUUUCUAGGGUUGAAUAUGGAUACAGUAUAUUUUAUUACUUGGCACACAUGCAAAGAAAUAUGCAUCUUGCUUAUAAUAUUAUGCUUAAAGACUAUUCAUGGGUUGAAGGGUGGAAGUUAAGGAAAAACCAAAAUUUAAAAAAUCAGACAGCUUGUAAUGGAAGGGACCAAAGAGGAUGAAUGAGAAGUACAAGGUAGUUAAGAAUGUAGCUGAAGUUCCAAGGAAAGCCACAGAGAGUGUAUGAGUGCUACUAAUAACUCAGUAGUUGGCACCUUCUCAGGGUACUAUAUGCAUUUAAGACAAGACAGUCAUCAAUAAAAGUGUAAUAAACUGGACUGGUUAAAUAGCAGAUAGAUGUUUUACAGUAAGAAUUGUACAACCAUUUUCAAAUAAAUAACGAAAUUAAAGAAAAAUGACAAAAGACAAAAGAAAAUUACCAUAUAAAGGAUAGAGGAAUAUAAAAGCCAAAGUAAGUAAUAUAAAGAAAAGCAAAGGCAAACACAAAUUGACCUUGGUUUAGGAUUCAGUUGUAUAGAUUAAGGUGUGCCCUCUGUAAUAAACCUUUUCACUCCAUAUGUUCUGUAGAAGGGUUGUUGAAACUGAAAAUAAAAGUCAGAAAAAGACGGAACCUAACCCAAAAUCUAAGUUGUUAAGGGAUGAUUUUGUCAGAAUAUAAACCAGCUCCGUAUGGUUGUUUUCUUUAUACUAUGUUGGAAAGAGGUUAGUUUUAUCAGUGAAUAAAUGAUUGUAGAGAAUCACUUCAAGGGUUAAUCAGUGUAUGGAAAGUUGGUUCUUGUUGAGUAUAAACUUUACUUUACGUAGUACAAAACAAUAAAAAUUUGUCUUGAUGGGAUUCAAUAGGAUUUAUAUUUGAUACAAGAGAUGAUUAUUAUUAUUAUUAUUAUUAUUAUUAUUAUUAUUAUUAUUAUUAUUAUUAUUAUUAUUAUUAUUAUUAUUAUUAUUAUUCUUAGCAAUUUACGAAUCUUUACUAAAAGCAUAUUCAUCUGCUGCUUCAUAUAAGUGACUCGCUAAUGUUUUUUAACUACGUAUUAUGUAUGAUAAAUUUUUGAAUUAACUAAAUCUAUGGGUAUAACCAUCCCUGUUUCAUGGGCAGAACCAGCUCCGUUUCAGAGAAUCCCUUCUUACCCCCACCCCCUUCCGAGGGGGGAGAGAAGGUAGGAUGAAACCCCAUUAUAAACCAUCUUAGGAGACCCCACUAUAACCCUGCCAAGUUUCAUGCCCAUCAGACCAGGCAUGUGGCCGUGAUUGAAUGACAGACAGACGGACGGAUUGAUGGACAGACAUGACGCCCAUAAUAGUAUAGUAAGAUUAUUAUUAUUAUAUUAUCAUUAUUAGUAAUUCAACCAGACCACUGAUCAGCUUACAGGAUAGACUGUUAUUCAGAUAUCUAACUGUUUUUACAUUUAGAAUUAUGAAUUUAUAUUUUUGUCUUGAAGGGAAACUGGUAAUUUGGACUCCUCUAAACAAGAGUUGACAUCCCUAUAUGGAUCUCUAGAUAUUUGCAGAUCUAUAGAAAUGUUAAGAAAGUGCUGCUUUGUUGGAGUUAUAAAAGGUUAAAGAAUGUAUACACUAACAUUCCAUGUUUUAAUACGUGAGCUUUUAAUGUCUUGUAUUAGAAACAGCUCCAUUGAUGACAUUAUUUUGGUUUGUACCAGUUAUCCCUGUGGAAACUUGUCAUAACUCUGAGGUAAAGGAUAAGUACAUAGUCUUGGCAACAAACAAGAUGAUGAUAUUAAAAAGAAAGAAAUCUUCAUUGCUUUAAAUUGUACUUCAUCUAGCUUAUGUGCUUUAUUUUAAUAUAAUUUUAGAAAAUUCUUCAAGUUUCAUUGUCACACGAGCGUUACAUUAGUUGACAUCAAAAGACACUUACUCAUCAUCUGGUCCUAAUAUCCUUGUUACUUACAAAUUGCUUUUGAUUUUUCUUUUCUUGCAGCUAUAUUUAUGCCUUUUUUAAUAGGUCAUGAUUUUUGGCAAAGAUUCCAGCCUAUUUUGUACUAAAAGAUGCAUAUAUCCAGUGAGUUAUGUAUACUUAAUUUUCUUCUUUUUCUAUUUUGCUAGGUCUACCUCAUGCUCAUUACAAAAUGUUUUAAGAAGUAGUUUUACACCUUUUGUAUAUAUACAUAUUUUAUGAUACAUGAAAAAUUAAUCUACAUGUGUUCAUUUACUAAUGCAAAAAUAUUAACCUCGCUGAUAAACUAAUUUGCCUUUCAGUAUGCUUCUGUAGUGGAUGGUAAUGAAUAUAAUAUCUCAGAAUAGUUUUUUAGUAAGCAUAAAUGUUGUACUACUAUUUAAAGUUUAGAUUUUUGUUUUUAUUUUACAUGUUGAUUAGUACAAUAGAUGAUUGUUAAGACAUAUUGAAGCUCAAAAUGCAGCGGUAAAUACCGAAUAUAUAUCCAUGCCAUUACUAGUCCAAACAGUGCAAGAGACUUUCUUAACAUUAGGGAUGAAUAUAUUACAAUCCUUUUUAUGAAUUGAUCUGAUGCCUUUUAUGUUGAUAUAUUUGAGCUUCUAGAAUCUUAUUGGUCUUUGGAUAUUAAUCCUUUUUAUGAAAAAUAUGUAUGGGAUUAUUCUGUGGUCACUGCAUCCCUUGUUUGUUGGUACAGAUGACUUUUGCAGUUUUCUUUUAAGGGUGGCUACAUUCCUUAACAUAAAUUAUGGUAUUUGUUCUGUUUUGAUUUAUAUGAUUUGUUAAAAAAAUUCUUACGAAGAUGAAACUUCUUGAUAAAUUAUGAAAGAAUGCUCUAAUGCACUACUAACCCUGUUGUUAUGAUAGCUAAUCCUGAUGUUAUGAUGGGAAGUAUUAGUGUUAUUACCAUGCUGUACAUUGCUUAGAAUCUGCUUGGAGAGGUUUCAAGAUUGAGCAAUGACAUUCUUAAUUCAGAUGCCACUUUAUUUGUAGGGGUUUGUAAUUAUUUCAUUUCCUUUCAACUGAGUGUCCAUUAACAUGGAGCUGUGAUAAAAUAGUUAAUUAUUGUUGGGAGUAUAUAAAUAAGAUAUUUUAAGUUUUAUAAUGCUUUACAUGUUACUAAAGUGUUGCAGUCCUUUAUUUAUUAUAGAAUAUUAUAGCUUCUUACUUCAUGAUGUACAGGCAAUGCUGUAUAACUUAUUGUGCAAAAGGAAAUUUGUGUGUUUGAUUACUAACAUUAGGUCAUGUAGGGAUUAUGUAGGAUUAACAUACAGCUUUGCAAUUCUGCAUGGUCUUUGGUUUUUGUGUUUUGUUUUUUUUAUGUUUAUGAUAACAUGUUUUGUCAAAUAUUGUAAUAUUCAUUAUUAGAUUAAUUUUUAUUGUGACUUGCUUAACUUCAUUUCAGCAGUCCUUGAGAAAACUUAGUUGUAUGUAUAUAGUUCUGGAGUUAAAUAAAUCCUUUUUCUGA